AUGAUGAGCAAGACAACGAAAAGAGUCUCCAGCAUCAGGAAAUUGGCAGUGUUUGCACUAGUAGCCCUGGUCACGUUGGCUUUGGCAGUUCGAUUUUUAUUCUACAACUCCAAUGCCACUGAUUUACAGAAAAUGCUUCAAAACUUGCCCAAGGAGAUUUCGCAAAGCAUCAAUAGCGCCAAUACUAUUCAGAGCACCGAUCUGGACCUGGUCCAACAUUUUGAAAGUUUAGCCAAGGAAAUUAGACAUCAACAAGAGGUACAAGCAAAGCAGUUUGAAAAACAACGUAAAGUCUUGGAGAAGAAGAUCCAAGAUCUGAAGCAAACCCCGCCAGAGGCCACAUUAAGAGAACGUAUUGCCCUGACUUUCCCAUACGAUUCCCAUGCCAGGUUCCCCGCCUUCAUUUGGCAAACUUGGUCCAAUGACAAAAGUCCCGAAAAUAUUCAAGACAUAAAGGGCAUGUGGGAAAGCAAGAAUCCAGGCUUUGCACAUGAAGUGUUGACACACGACGUGAUAAACGCGUUAGUACAUCACUAUUUCUAUUCUAUACCCGAAAUUUUAGAGACUUACGAAGCCUUGCCCUCCACCAUUUUGAAGAUUGAUUUUUUCAAAUACCUGAUCUUGUUGGUCCAUGGUGGUGUGUAUGCAGAUAUUGACACUUUCCCCGUGCAGCCCAUUCCGAACUGGAUUCCUGAGGAGUUGUCACCUUCCGACAUCGGCUUGAUAGUAGGUGUUGAGGAAGACGCUCAAAGACCAGAUUGGAGAACCAAGUUCAUUAGGAGAUUACAGUUUGGUACGUGGAUUAUACAAGCUAAACCUGGUCAUCCGAUAUUGAGAGAGAUCAUUGCCAAAAUCAUAGAGACCACCCUUCAAAGAAAGAAAGAGGACCAGCUGAAUGUUAACCUAAGAAACGACCUGAACAUCAUGAGUUGGACGGGUUCUGGUUUGUGGACAGACACGAUCUUCACAUAUUUUAAUGAUUUUAUGAGAAGUGGGGUCAGAGAAAAGGUGACAUGGAGAUUGUUUCAUAAUCUAAAACAAUCAAAACUGUUAAGUGAUGUUUUAGUCUUCCCCAAGUUCUCGUUCAAUUGUCCAAAUGAAAUCGCUAAUGAUGAUCCGUACAAGAAACUUUAUUUUAUCACACAUUUGGCUGCGCAGUUUUGGAAAAACACUCCAAAAGUGGAACAAAAAUAA